CACUCCUGAGCCUUGUUUGCCAUCUUCCUAUACUUAAUUUCCCUCUUUUUCCCCCUAUACAACUCAUAUGGCUACACUUCUGAAGACUUUGCAAUGGUGGAUAUGUUUGAAUCCUUCAUCGUCACAGUUUUUAUGAUUAUUUCCAACCUCAUCCAGGCUUUCUGGAACUUUUCAGAGCCUGAGCCUGCUGGCCUGAGCCAAGACCACUCUGUCUACGAUUUCAUGGAAGUGUUGAGCCCCAGACAAGCGGCUGUAAAGGAACUAAAGGACCGGUACCUGAAGGCCUUGCAGACCAACAAUGCACAAGAGGUCCUGCAGAUUUUGCACACUGGUAAACUAGACAUUGACUCUGUGCUGGAAGUGGACGACCCCAGCAUGGUCCUUGCGUCAUACAAACAAGGAUAUUGGCUACCAGGCUACAAACUGGAGAAGUCUUGGGCAAUGGGUAUCCAUGUUUGUGUUAUGUACAAUGCUGUGGAAACAGCACUAGUACUCCUGCAAAAAGGCGCAGCUGUCAACCGGAUGCCCAAUGGGAAAACACCACUGCAUGUGGCCUGCGAGGUCUCCAACAGUGAUUGCGUGGCCGUGCUUCUGGCUCAUGGAGCAAAAGUUAACAGUCUGUCUCUGAGUGGACACAUGCCCCUGCACUACUGCAUCACCAAAGAGUCUGUAGCCUGUGCCAAGCAGCUCAUUCUCAAAGGUGCAAAUGUUAAUAUGGCCAGCCACAACAAUGAAGAGGAAACACCUUUGCAUACAGCUGCCAGAUUUGGUGUCCCAGAGUUGGCAGCUUUGUUUUUGGCCCAUGGAGCAGCGGUGAAUGCUGUUAACGCUUUACAGGAGACGCCUCUGAUGACUGCAGCUUUCUGGGCUUUUGACUCUAAAGAGCAAAUCUACAGCCAAGAUCACCACAUUGUUUGUCGCCUCCUGCUGGAUCACCAAGCUGAUCCCAAUCUUAAAGAAGAGGACCAUAAAACAGCCCUUCACAAGGCAGCCUGGAACUGCGAUCACAUCCUGAUGCAGAUGUUGCUGGAGGCUGGAGCAGAUACACGUGCCAUGGACAUCAAUGGCUGUGCCCCCAUUCAGUAUCUUCUCAAAGUAACAGAUGUAAGGCCUAUGGCCAUUCCUGACCUGUGCUAUCAGCUGCUGCUAAACUACAAUGCAGCACGAAUCUACCCACCACAAUUCCACAAGGUGUUGCAGUCCUGUCACGACUACCCCAGAGUUGUUGAAAUCUUGGUCAACUCUUAUGGACAUUUAAAGCCUACAAGAAAAUGGAGAGCUGCUAUUCCUGAUGACUGCUACCAGCGACAUAAAGACUUCUAUGACUCAGUGUUUGCUGUUUGCACAAACACUCCUCGCAGCUUACUUCACCUCACCAGAUGUGCCAUUAGAGCCAGCCUGGGCAGGCUCUGUCAGAGAGGAGUUGCAGAGCUACCCCUACCAACUCCAAUGAAGAAAUAUUUAUUAUUAGAACCAGAGGGGAUACUUUACUAAUGAAGGUACUUUUGAUAAUAAACUUUAGUUCCACCAUGGGAUGCUCUGAUGAUCUGCAAACCGCACACAAGCUUCUAUUCCUCAAUCAACGAUCAAAUGGCUUAUUAUAAAUAUAAUUUUGGGAUGUUUUGAAGUUGAAGCCUUUAGAAGCAUUAUUAAUUAAUUAUGAAUGUAUGGAGUUUUGAGACACUUGAGAAUGCUUAUUCCUCUCCUUUCAUUACUGACAUCUUUCACCAUCUACAGAUGAUGGUUUUACCUCUUCUAAGUGACAUAAGUGUGUCUAAGUAAUGAGUUUCUGGAUAUUUUCCACCUCAGCAGUGUUGACCAACAUGUCUCCCCACAGCAGUGUGGCUAUGUGCUGAAGAGGAUCCAGAUCUACCUGGCAACCGCCCUUAAUGCUUUCUCUCAAACUCGUGAUAUGCCCAUUUCUGUAGAAACACACUUGACCAACCACUUCACGGCGAGUGCUUGCUUUUCCAGUGCACUGCACUUAGUCACGAGUGUAGCUCAGUUCUUUGAAUGUCCUUUGACAAAGGUUAGUCUUUAAAAUGGAAACUGCAACUUAAUAUUGUUGUCAAGCUUUGUCAGUAUGUCCAUGUAAAAGCAGAGCUUGCUAAGUUGAAUAAAUGUAAGUUUGUGUUAUAAUUUCUGAACCUGGCAACAUGCUCUGAAAGUAAUACAUGAAUUACUCUGAAGAAAAAAACAAAACAAACAGGUGCAACUGGCUCUUCCAGUGUAUCAAAUUUGAUUUGCAAAAUUCUGCUAACCCUGAGUUAAAUUAUCCAAUAAGGGCCAAGAAAAUUGUGUAACUGGUGACAGUAAAGGUAGUGUGUCCUGUAUUUCUUUACUUUUAAUUUAAUUGUUAAUGAAAAUUGGGAAAUUUGAAAAAACUCAAUUUAUUGGUUUCAGUCUUUUUAAAAAAAAAAAAAAAAAAAAAAAAUAUGUUUCUCACGUGAAUGGCCACAUGACCUGUCAGCUAUCUCUUCUUCUAGAAAAUAAACAUAACGAUAGCUGGCUUAUAUGAGAGAGUAAUUAUAGAAUAUUCAGUUGAGAGGAAUUCCUAAACUCUUUCUAUUUUUCCCCUUGUGUAUUUAAGGUGACAAACCCAUUUAGAGAAACAGCAUUUUAAUAUUUUCCCUUUAAAAAUAAAAGUCUUUGAAACAUAUUCUUUAGCCUGUUAUUCUGUAUAAAGCAUCGCCUGCACCAUUCAACCCAGUUACAACAGCAUCCUGCACUGGUCUGAUCCUGUUUAAUCAAUUUUAACAGUUUUGUUAAUCAGUUUAACAGAGAUUCUGCAGGACCACUGCAGAAGAAAGCACUUUCUCAUAUAAAAUUUUCCUUUCUUUCUUUUUAUUAUUAUUAUUAUUAUAGUCUAUAUUAUUCCAAAUAAACAUGAAUAAAAUGCCACAAGCUGCAGAGGGUGUUUAACACUGAUGUUGGUGGGAAUUUAUGGGUCAUGCACAAAAACAGGUGUGUCUGUGACUUCUGUCAUAAACUUUAACCUAAGACAUGCAUUUGCAGAUCCAGGACAAUCUCCAGUUUUGUAUCUCUGAUGAUACAGCGGUGAGCAUACUGCACCUUUUAAUCCUGCUGUCAUGGGUUUGAAACAGGUCUCAGCCUAUUAAGUAAACAUGCAACUUCAACAGCAAAGAGUCAUGAAUUCAUU